CGCUUUCGCGGCUCUGCAACUGCCCGCGUCGGCUCGGCAAUUCAAAAGUGGUCCUCACUUCAGCUUUUCGUGUGCCAUCACUCUUAUUUACCUCAACAAUAACAACCCAUACCACUCAUUUCUGCCUCGUUCACCUUCGAAUCGAACACUGACUCGUUCGUUGCUCUUCAAAUGGAUUUUGAAUUGUAAUCUGCAGUUCGAACCGGGCGAGACUCCGCAAAACAGAAAAGCUCUCGCGCGCGCCAACAACGUGUGUAGUGAAGUCAACAAAAGUAAUUUCCAACCGUCAACAAUAAUAAAUUGCCGUGGUUCGGCGAAAAGUGCAACCAUCGACAGUCGGCGGAACGGGUGAUAACUCGAUAACGACGGAAAGUGAGAAAAUUUUAAGGAAAAACGUCUCAGGAAAGUUUUGCAAGUUUAAUCUGAUAUUCCGUUUUGCAUUUAAAACGACGUGAGAAUAUUUUUUUGGGCGUUCAGUAUUCGACGUUGAGCGAUCGGAGUCGCGGAUUUGGAAGUAGUCGUGCUGCGACAGUGGAAGUGCGGGUGACAAAGUGCCGGAUUGGAUUUAUGAGUGUUUUGUGUCCGAUUCUGGGUUCGAAUUUAUUAAUAGAAAGUGCAGACGAUCGUGUGGAGAAUUAGCAUAUUUUCCGAUUGGAGUCUGAAUCUGCGAAAAGGGUCGAAAACGGCGGCCAGGUGCUUGUGAAAUUCCGGUGCAAAAAUUUGGGUUUGAGGUGCAAGCGAGACUGGACCCAAGAUGGCAAUGCAGCAAGAAGUUGGCGUCCGGGACUUUGUCCUGUUGGACAAGGUUACAUUGGAGAAUUUCAUGGAUAAUCUGAAGAAGAGAUAUCAGGCCGGAAAAAUUUACACAUAUAUCGGAGAAGUAUGCGUUUCCGUGAAUCCAUAUCGCCAGAUGAAUAUUUAUGGUCCAGAAUAUGUUAGUCAAUAUAAAGGGCGAGAGCUUUUCGAAAAUCCACCGCACAUUUUCGCCAUAGCCGAUGCUGCACACAAAAUAUUAAAACAACGAUAUACCGACACAUGUAUCUUAAUAUCAGGAGAGUCUGGAGCCGGCAAAACAGAGGCAUCAAAAAUUAUCAUGAAAUACAUAGCAGCUGUUACAAAUCUACAUGCACAAAGUGAUAUUGAAAAAGUAAAAAAUGUCCUCAUUCAAAGUAAUUCCAUACUGGAAACUUUUGGAAAUGCGAAAACAAAUCGAAACGACAAUUCUAGUCGCUUUGGAAAAUAUAUGGACAUUCAAUUCGAUUAUAAAGCCGAUCCUGUUGGAGGUGUUAUUACAAAUUACUUGUUGGAGAAAUCAAGAGUUAUCCAACAGCAGCCAGGAGAGAGGAACUUCCAUUGUUUCUAUCAGCUCCUUCGCGGUGCCAGCGACUCCGAGUUACGACAAUAUGAUAUAUCACGAGACCCAGCUAAGUAUCUUUACACAAACCAGGGAAGCAUGGAAACAUUGUCUGAGAAAGCAGACUAUAAACAAACAUGCAGUGCGUUCAAAAUUCUCGGUUUCUCUGAAGAUGAGAUUAGUACCGUUUGGAAAGUGGUUGCAGCCAUCCUGCAUUUAGGAAAUGUAGAGUUCAAAUUGGAAGAAGAAUCAAUUGGUAUUUCUAACAAGUCCGCGUUGGCGUCUGCAUCUAAACUAUUGGAAGUUACCGAAGCAGAGAUGCGAGAUUCAUUGACACAACGAGUAAUUGCAGCACGUGGCGAUGUAAUGAAAAAAACGCAUAAUAUUUCGGAAGCUGAAUUCGGAAGAGAUGCACUGGCAAAGGCAAUCUAUGAUCGAUUGUUUACGUGGAUCAUAAACAGAAUCAAUCAGGCUAUAUUGCCGAAAACAAAGUAUCGUAACACUGUUAUAGGUGUACUGGAUAUUUAUGGUUUUGAGAUAUUCGAUGUAAACAGCUUUGAACAAUUCUGUAUCAAUUAUUGUAAUGAGAAGUUGCAGCAGUUGUUUAUUGAAUUGGUAUUGAAGCAAGAACAGGAAGAAUACAAUCGGGAAGGUAUCGAGUGGACAAACAUUGAGUACUUUAAUAACCAGAUAAUCUGCGACCUUAUCGAGCAACCACAUAAAGGCAUUAUAGCCAUUACCGAUGAAGCCUGUCUUACAGUUGGUAAAGUCACAGAUGAAACCCUCCUAGAAGCGAUGGACAAAAACUUAGGCAAUCACCCACAUUAUACCAGUCGACAAUUGAAGCCAAUGGAUAAAGCCCUGAAACACAGAGAAGACUUUCGCAUCACCCAUUACGCUGGUGAUGUAAUCUACAGUAUUAAUGGUUUCUUGGAGAAAAACAAGGACACACUUUUCCAAGAUUUCAAGAGGCUACUGUAUCAUUCAAAGAACAAAAACUUAAGUGGAAUGUGGCCCGAAGGAGCACAAGAUAUUACUAAGACUACGAAACGACCUUUAACUGCCGGAACGCUAUUCCACCGAUCCAUGGUAGAUCUAGUUGCCACCUUAGUUAAGAAGGAGCCAUUCUAUGUGCGUUGUGUUAAGCCGAAUGAUAUUAAGAGUGCAGCGGUGUUUGACGAUACACGUGUCGAGCAUCAGGUUCGAUACUUGGGAUUGUUGGAGAAUGUACGGGUGCGUCGUGCUGGCUUUGUACAUCGACAGCGCUACGAUAAGUUCUUGUUAAGAUAUAAGAUGACGUCGGAAUAUACUUGGCCUAAUUUCCGUGCCGGUUCUGAUAAGGAUGGUGUUAAGGUGCUGAUAAAUGAAAAAGGAUUUGCAAAUGAUGUGAAGUUUGGUCAUACGAAGAUCUUUAUAAGAUCACCACAAACUCUAUUCACUCUAGAAGCACAACGGAAUGAAAUGAUACCAAACAUCGUGAUCCUUCUACAAAAACAAGUUCGCGGAUGGAUUUGUCGUCAGCAAUAUAAGAAGAUGAAAGCAGCCUUGAAAAUCAUGAAAUACUAUCGAAACUACAAGCUACGGUCAUACAUCGCAGACCUUGCAAAACGAUUCAAAAAUGCCAAAAACCUGCGAGACUACGGCAAAUCGAUACCAUGGCCAAAACCACCAACAAUUGGAAAAGAUGCCGAACCAGGAUUGCGUCAAAUCUACAACAAUUGGCGUGCUUAUAUGAUUUUGCGCAAAUACCCACGUUCAGAAUGGCCACAAAUGCGCUUGCAAAUUAUCGCAGCGAGUGCUAUUCGAGGACAACGCAAGUAUUGGGGUCAAGAUCGUAAAUGGCUCGGCGAUUAUUUGGCAAAUACACAUGAGAAUUCGUGUUAUUCGGCGUACAAUGCGAGCGUGAAGAACUUGAAGAACACCGACAAUUUCCGAUUUGUUAUGUUCUCGGCGUUUGUCAGGAAAUUCAAUAAAUGUAAUAAGAGUGCCGAGAGAGCGAUUGUGCUGACAGAUAAUGGAGUGUACAAAUUGGAUGGUGCCAAGAAUAAAUUCAAGAAUAUGAAACGGACAAUUUGGAUCAAAGAUCUGACAUCCCUCAGUAUCAGUCCCGGAAAGGACCAAUUAAUCGUCUUCCACUCGCCUCAGCAUAACGAUUUGGUAGUCUCGCUCAUGGGGGAGCACACACCCCUGAAAGAAGAUCGAAUCGGUGAAGUUGUGGGUCUAGUUUGCAAGAAAUAUUAUGAUAUAUGCCAGAAAGAUUUACGCGUAGACGUAAACUCCACCAUUCACUGCUACCUGGGCAACAAAUCGCGAACGAUAGUGAUUGAGGGCGUGACAGGUGUUGAGAAUCCCAACUUCAGACAUAACGGUGCUAAUAUUAUUUUCGAGGUUCCACCUUCUUAUUGCGUCUAACAAAAUUUCAGUAUAGCUAAGUCUAAGCGUUUAAUGUGUAUGAGACGAAGACGUAUGGCGUAAUCAAGGGAUUUCAAAAAUCAGAUAGCUUACAAGCGAACAAAGUUGGAACAGAUUCCAUUCUGGAUGUUAAUUGAUCAUGCCAUUGUCUCUAAUCAUUGAUAGUCUUAAUAUAAUUUCAUUUAGCUGGUAAUUAAAUUUAGGACUAAGAUUGGGAGCUAAGCUAAGAAUCAGAACGGACCAAGACUCGAAGCAAUUAACGAAUCAAGAAAGUAUUAAUUGCAUAACUGCAAACACGGCUAUAACUGAAAAUACUCGUCAAUUAUUCAAGUCUUCGCGUUUCACUUUGUCAGAGCUUCCCGCUUCAGCUACAAAACAAGUUUGCUUCUAUUGAGCGUCCAACGACAUUACAUUCGAUAUUUUAUUUACCAUAUUUUUACUUAACAAGAAACCACCAUUUACUAAACAUUCAGGAAGCAAUCCGCCUUUUACAGUGCUGCCUUGAUUUUUAUACAAUUUUUUACACGCAUUGAGUAUAUUUUUAAAUUUUGUAUAUUUUUCUAAUUGUUUUUAUCACGAUCAUUGUUCCCUUCGCUUGUUUGUUUGCAAAUUGAGUAACUGCAAUUGUUAUAAAUAAAUCUCGCGCAUUGUUCUUUUAAAUAAUCGUCCAAGCUUGUACUUAACAUUCAAAUCUAGAAUAGAAUAUUUUUUAAAAAUAUUUUCAACACGUGAAAAACGAAUGAAAUUAACAUAGAAUGUGAGAACUCGGUGCGCUGAGCAAGUGCCAUUAAGAAGAUAAUGACAUGGAUGCAUUUGAAACCCAUUUUUCUGAGAAACUAUGUAUGCGAUAAAAUUUUUCUUUAUUAAAUCUAUUGAAAUGUUAGCCCCUAAUGUUGAUAAGUUAGUAGAUUGUAGAAAACGUAUAUAUGUAACUGUUGUACUGUUGUGAUAAAAUGCAUUUUGUGCCUUGAUUUGUACACGAUAUGCGAAAAAAAGUAAGACCAGGCAAUUUAUAGAAAAUUGAAAGGAAUGAUAUGCAAUAAAAUAAUUUGGCCUUUUAAUC